AUGAUUAGCGGAGCCGCAGCUAUCAAGUUCGAAUGGGCCAUGUUGGGAUUGACCGUCCCUUUUGUGCUCCUUCGGUUGUACUCCCGCUGCUGGAUUACACGCAAUGCUUCAGCCAGUGACAUCGUUGUCGUUCUGACAUGGGUCCUGUUUGCCAUUGGAACAUCUCAGGACUAUGCCACCUAUCGACUAGGUUUUUUUCAGGAUGGACAGUCAUAUAAUCUAAGCUUGUUGGAUAACUUUCUAAAUAAAGAAAAUCUUGUCAAGGUUCUCAAGAUAUCUUUCACAAACACGAUCCCAUAUUAUGGGACUCUGUGGGGAACCAAAGUUUCCUUGCUCCUGCUGUAUUACAAGCUUAUCCCUGAGUCUAUUCCGAUUCUUCGACUCGCGUUACACAUAACAUCUCUUGUUAUCGGUGUAUCGUUCUUUAUUGUAUUCUGCCUCAAUAUGUUCUGGUGUGUUCCUAUCGCUCGGAAUUGGAGCAUCGACAGAGAAGAUGCAUGCUUCUCCUUUGCUGCUCAUGUGCCAUACUUCGUCACGGCGGCGCUGCAUCUCCUCACCGAGUUUAUGCUCCUCAUUCUUCCAUUCCCACUUCUCAAAGUCCUCAAUCUCACACCGAGAAAGAGGGUCGAAGUUGGCGCCCUUUUCGCCCUUGGUGGUCUCUGCAUUGUCUUCACAAUCAUUAGAAUUGUGGAAGUUGGGCUCUCCGUCAACGUCGCCACUAUCGGUGUCUGGUCUACAGUCGAACAAGCCGGUGGCAUAAUUGUUGUCUGUGCUCCAGCCCUACGUGGCCUCGGCACGCAACCUGCACCUCAAUCUCAAGUCGAUCUCGAAAGUGGGCAGCAACCGUCCAUCCAUGGUCAAGGAUGGUGGACGGCUGGACGCGCUACUCCUAAGAGACGCGAUAGCGGGUCUCCGCAUGAAAUCAUUCCAAAGGCAUUCCUUAGGUUCUCGGGUACGCAUCAAUCCGAGAACGCAUGGGAGUCUCUUCCAGACAAGCAACCUUCUUCGGACGACAUUACUAUCGCACAUGCACAACGGGUUGUUCCAAAUGAUCUCUCGUCACAAGCCUCAGUAGAAGAAUUGAAGAUCACUAAACCGGAACAAACAGUUCAAGUACAGCCAGCAUGA